GUCCGCACCGGGGUUCGCGCCAAGGGCCGCCCGCGCCCGGGCACCGGGCCGCGACCGCCGCCCCCGCCGCCCAGCCUCACCGACAGCAGCUCCGAGGUGUCGGACUGCGCGUCGGAGGAGGCGCGCUUGCUGGGCCUGGAGCUGGCGCUGAGCAGCGACGCCGAGUCCGCGGCCGGGGGCCCGGCGGGGGCCCGCACCGGGCAGCCGCCCCAGCCCGCGCCGCCAGCACAGCAGCCCCCGCGGCCGCCCGCCUCCCCCGAUGAGCCGUCGGUGGCCGCGUCGUCGGUGGGCAGCAGCCGCCUGCCACUCAGUGCCUCGCUCGCCUUCUCCGACCUCACCGAGGAGAUGCUGGACUGUGGGCCCGGCGGCUUCGUGCGGGAGCUGGAGGAGCUACGCUCGGAGAACGACUAUCUCAAGGAUGAGAUCGAGGAGCUGCGCGCAGAGAUGCUGGAGAUGCGGGAUGUCUACAUGGAGGAGGAUGUGUACCAGUUGCAGGAGCUCCGGCAGCAGCUGGACCAGGCCAGCAAGACCUGCCGCAUCCUGCAGUACCGGCUGCGCAAGGCUGAGCGCCGCAGCCUCCGUGCCGCUCAGACAGGCCAGGUGGAUGGCGAGCUCAUCCGCGGGCUGGAGCAGGACGUCAAGGUCUCUAAGGACAUCUCUGUGCGGCUGCAUAAGGAGCUUGAGACAGUGGAGAAGAAACGGGCGCGGCUGGAGGAGGAGAACGAGGAGCUUCGGCAGCGGCUCAUCGAGACCGAGCUGGCCAAGCAGGUGCUGCAGACGGAGCUGGAACGGCCGAGAGAGCACAGUCUGCCCCGACGCGGGGCUCGAACUCACGGAGCGCGAGAUCGUGACCUGGCUGAAGAGGACAGUGCGGACCUGAAGUGCCAGCUGCACUUUGCAAAGGAGGAGUCAGCCCUCAUGUGCAAGAAGCUCACCAAGCUAGCCAAGGAGAACGACAGCAUGAAGGAGGAGCUCCUCAAAUACCGCUCGCUCUACGGUGAUCUGGACAGUGCCCUGUCUGCCGAGGAGCUGGCCGAUGCGCCCCACUCUCGGGAGACCGAGCUGAAGGUGCACCUGAAGCUGGUGGAGGAGGAAGCCAACCUGCUGAGCCGCCGCAUCGUGGAGCUGGAGGUGGAAAACCGAGGCCUGCGGGCGGAGAUGGACGACAUGAAGGACCACGGCGGCGGCUGCGGAGGCUCAGAGGCGCGCCUGGCCUUCUCGGCGCUGGGCGGCGGCGAGUGCGGGGAAAGCCUGGCGGAGCUGCGGCGACACCUGCAGUUUGUGGAGGAGGAGGCGGAGCUGCUCCGACGCUCCUCAGCUGAGCUGGAGGACCAGAACAAGCUGCUGCUGGCCGAGCUGGCCAAGUACCGCUCAGAGCACGAGCUGGAUGUGACGCUGUCGGAGGACAGCUGCUCCGUGCUCAGUGAGCCCUCGCAGGAGGAGCUGGCGGCUGCCAAGCUGCAGAUCGGUGAGCUCAGCGGCAAGGUCAAGAAGCUACAGUAUGAGAACCGGGUGCUGCUCUCCAACCUCCAGCGCUGUGACCUUGCCUCCUGCCAGAGCACACGGCCAAUGCUGGAGACGGACGCCGAGGCCGGGGACUCUGCCCAAUGUGUGCCCGCUGCUCUUGGCGAGGCCCACGGCCCCCAUGCUGCCCGGUUCUGCAGAGCCAGGGAGGCCGAGGUGCUGCCUGGGCUGAGGGAGCAGGCCGCCCUGGUCAGCAAGGCCAUCGAUGUCCUGGUGGCCGAUGCCAAUGGCUUCUCGGCCGGCCUCCGCCUGUAUCUGGACAACGAGUGCACCGACUUUCGGCUGCACGAGGCCCCCGACAACAGCGAGGGUCCCAGGGACACCAAACUCAUCCAUGCCAUCCUGGUGCGGCUGACCAUGCUCCAGCAGGAGCUCAAUGCCUUCACCCGGAAGGCGGACACUGUCCUCGGGAGCUCUGCCAAGGAGCAACCGGAACCCUUCUCGUCGCUGCCUGCCUUGGGUUCCCAGGGGUCCUCCAAGGAGAUUCUUUUGGCCAAAGACCUUGGCUCAGACUUCCAGAUCAAGGAGCUGCAGCUGGUGUUGGCUGAGGCCCAUGACAGCCUCCGGGGCCUGCAAGAGCAGCUCUCCCAGGAGCGGCAGCUACGGAAGGAGGAGGCCGACAACUUCAACCAGAAAAUGGUCCAGCUGAAGGAGGACCAGCAGAGGGCACUCCUGAGGCGGGAGUUCGAGCUGCAGAGUCUGAGCCUCCAGCGGAGGCUGGAGCAGAAAUUCUGGAGCCAGGAGAAGAACAUGCUGGUGCAGGAGUCCCAACAAUUCAAGCACAACUUUCUGCUGCUCUUCAUGAAGCUCAGGUGGUUCCUGAAGCGUUGGCGGCAGGGCAAGAUUUUACCCAGUGAGGGGGAUGACUUCCUUGAGGUAAAUAGCAUGAAGGAGCUGUACCUGCUAAUGGAGGAAGAAGAAUUAAAUGCCCAGCAUUCAGAUAACAAGACCUGUACAGGGGACAGCUGGACCCAAAACACGCCCAAUGAGUAUAUCAAGACACUGGCUGACAUGAAGGUGACGCUGAAGGAGCUGUGCUGGCUACUUCGGGAUGAACGCCGUGGUCUGACUGAACUUCAGCAACAGUUUGCCAAGGCCAAGGCCACCUGGGAGACAGAGCGGGCAGAGUUGAAGAGCCAUACUGCCCAGAUGGAGCUGAAGGCUGGCAAGGGGGCUGGGGAGCGGGCAGGGCCCGACUGGAAGGCAGCCCUACAGAGGGAGCGCGAGGAGCAGCAGCACCUGCUGGCGGAGUCCUACAGCGCUGUCAUGGAGCUGACGAGGCAGCUGCAGAUCAGCGAGCGCAACUGGAGCCAGGAGAAGCUGCAGCUGGUGGAGCGGCUUCAGGGUGAGAAGCAGCAGGUGGAGCAGCAGGUAAAGGAGCUGCAGAACCGCCUGAGCCAGCUACAGAAGGCUGCUGACCCCUGGGUCCUGAAGCACUCAGACCUGGAGAAGCAGGACAACAGCUGGAAAGAGACGCGGAGUGAGAAGAUCCUCGACAAGGAGGGGGUUUCUGAAGCUGAGCUUGGGGGAACCGCCUUAAAAAGGACCAAAUCUGUUUCGUCCAUGUCUGAGUUCGAAAGUUUGCUCGACUGUUCCCCCUACCUUGCUGGUGAAGCUGCCCGAGGCAAGAAGCUGCCCAACAACCCUGCCUUUGCCUUUGUGGGCACCCAGCCGGUGGACUCAGAGAAGGAUGCCCAGGAACAGCCAGGGCUCUCGCCGCGGGACUGCAACCGCCUGGGCUCCCUGGGCUGCCAGGAGCCGGCAGGGAGGCAGAUGCAGCGAAGCUACACGGCUCCUGAUAAGACGGGUAUCCGCGUGUACUACAGUCCCCCAGUGGCCCGGCGCCUGGGUGUCCCCGUGGUCCACGACAGGGAGGGCAAGAUCAUCAUCGAGCCCGGCUUCCUCUUCACCACCGCCAAACCCAAAGAGUCAGCCGAGGCUGACAGGCUAGCUGAGAGCUCCUACAGCCGGUGGCUCUGCAACUUCUCACGGCAGCGCUUGGACGCAGGCUCGGGGGGCAGCCCCUCUGCGGCAGGGCCCGGCUUCCCGGCAGCCCUGCAUGACUUUGAGAUGUCUGGCAACAUGAGCGACGACAUGAAGGAGAUCACCAACUGCGUGCGCCAGGCCAUGCGCUCAGGCUCGCUGGAGAAGAAAGUGAAGAGCACGUCCAGCCAGACAGUGGGCCUGGCCAGUGUGGGCACACAGACCAUCCGCACGGUCAGCGUGGGCCUGCAGACGGACCCACCCCGCAGCAGUCUCCACGGCAAGAGCUGGUCACCACGCAGUUCAUCACUCGUGUCGGUGCGCAGCAAGCAGAUCUCCUCCUCCCUGGACAAGGUGCACUCGCGCAUCGAGCGGCCGUGCUGCUCGCCCAAGUAUGGCUCGCCAAAGCUCCAGAGGCGGUCCGUGUCCAAGCUGGACAGCGCCAAGGACCGCAGCCUGUGGAACCUGCACCAAGGCAAGCAGAAUGGCUCCGCUUGGGCCCGCUCCACCACCACCCGGGACAGCCCUGUAUUGAGGAACAUCAAUGACGGGCUGUCCAGCCUCUUCAGUGUUGUGGAGCACUCGGGGAGCACGGAGUCUGUCUGGAAACUGGGCAUGUCCGAGGCCCGGGCCAAGCCUGAGCCUCUGAAGUAUGGCAUCGUGCAGGAGUUCUUCCGCAACGUGUGUGGCCGGGCACCAAGCCCCACCUCGGCGGCAGGGGAGGAGAGCACCAAGAAACCGGAGCCCCUCUCCCCAGCCAGCUACCAUCAGCCAGAGGGCAUGGCCAGGAUCCUGAACAAGAAGGCAGCCAAGUCAGGCAGCAGCGAGGAGGCCAGACUCUCGGUGCUCCCCCAGGUGGGGAAGGAUGGUGUCCCCCGGGAUGGAGAUGGAGCCACAGUCCUUCCCAAUGAGGAUGCUGUUUGUGACUGCAGUACUCAGUCUCUCACUUCCUGCUUCGCCCGGCCGUCCCGCGCUGCCAUCCGCCACUCUCCUUCCAAGUGCAGGCUGCAUCCUUCAGAGUCCGGCUGGGGUGGGGAGGAGAGGGCAGCUCCCCCCAGCGAGUGA